UCUUGACCUUGACAUUUGACAUAAGAUUAUUAUAAUUUCCAAGCUGUUUUUUAAAUUUAUGAUAACAUUAUUCAGCUAAAAAACACCAGUUCCAGCUUGUCAAAUUCGCCCAUUCGUGAUAAUUUAGCCAAAAAUAACUCUACCAAACAAUGUCGAAUUUAAGCAGUAAGAUCGCAGUAAGCCUAGUAACCGGCGGGGCCUCGGGCCUGGGCAAGGCCACCGUAGAAAGGCUAAUUCAACAGGGCUCCAGGGUGUUGAUAUGCGAUUUGCCUUCCUCGAAGGGCAAGCAUAUGGCGGAGAAUUUCGGCCCCGAAAGGGCCCUGUUCGCCCCCUGCGAUGUAUCCAGCGAAAACGACGUGAAAGAAGCCCUGGGGCUGGUCAAGGAGAAAUUCGGCAGGCUGGAUAAUGUGGUGAAUUGUGCGGGUAUCGGGGUGGCUUUCAAGACUUAUAAUUUUAAUAAGAAGACUGCGCAUUCCUUGGACGAUUUCACUAAGGUUUUAAAGGUAAACACCAUCGGUACAUUCAACGUAAUCCGGCUAUCGGUUGGAUUAAUAGGUGAAAACGAACCGGACAAGGACGGUUGUAGAGGAGUCGUCGUAAAUACUGCUAGUGUAGCAGCCUACGAAGGCCAAACGGGCCAAGCGGCCUAUUCGGCCAGUAAAGGGGCCAUCGUGGGAAUGACCUUACCCAUAGCUAGAGACCUAUCUAGUCAAGGGAUACGAGUGGUUACGAUUGCACCGGGUUUGUUCAGGACUCCCCUAUUGGACGCGUUACCCGACAAGGUGAAGUCCUUCCUGGCGAAGUCCGUGCCGUUUCCGCAGCGCCUGGGACACCCCGAGGAGUUUGCGCAGUUGGUGCAGAGCGUCAUCGAAAAUCCCAUGAUGAACGGGGAGGUGAUCAGAAUCGACGGGGCCCUGCGUAUGAUGCCCUAAAAAUUUAUAUCUAAGCAUAAAAGUUGUUAAGUUUAUACAGGUUGUAAUACAAAUAUGAUAGUAAAAAGUUUUAUACAAAA